AUGAACAGCGAAGUCAUUAGACCAGUCAUGAUAGGCCACUUUGGCCUCCGCACCACCCCCGAGCGCUUUGAGGCCAUGAUCAAGUGGCACGUUGACUUCUUCGGAGGCCGGGUCGUUCUCAAGAAUGAGAAGGCUGCUUUCAUCGCCUACGAUGACGAACAUCAUCGCCUAGUCAUCGUUCAAGAUCCCGGCCACGCAGUGAUCAGCAACAAACACUCCGCCUCUGGAAUCUAUCAUAUUGCCUUUACUCUCAACAGCUUGGCUGAUUUGGUAAUAAGCUACGAGCAGAAAAAGGCUAAGGGCAUUGAGCCUCACUGGCCAGUCAAUCAUGGGAUGAGCACGAGCAUGUACUACUUUGAUCCUGAUGGCAACGAGUUCGAGCUCCAGGUUGACAACUUCGCUACGGCAGAGGAGGCUCAUCAGUUCAUGGCGACAGCGGAAUACGCCCAGAACCCGAUUGGUGUGGACAUUGAUAUUGAGGAGUUCACGCGAAGGGUGAAGAGCGGUGAAGAUGAGGCGAGCAUUAAAAAGCGGCCGAUCAUUGGACAGCGACUAUCCAGAUGGGAGAACUCGAUCUACUUUAAAGCUCCGGAACUGGUGAAGGGCUAG